AUGGCUGAAAUAUGGACUCGGCAGCAGCAGCUGCAGCGUUCCCUAGAUCGGUUCCUCGAGAACUUUAAAAAAUUGGGACGAGCCAAUCUGACGGCAGCUAAAAUUCGUUCUCGCAUCUCCGCGCUACGUGAGCUGUGGCAGCAGUUCCAGAGCGGCAACGCAGUGCUCCUCCAGUCCACACCAGCCACGCAGCAAGAAUCAGUCGACUACUUCAGCGGGCAGUGCUUCGAUCAAACUGAGGAGAUCUACCGGUCAACGUUGGAUCAUCUCACUGAGGCUCUUGAGGAACUCGAACCUCCCGUAAGUCCUCAUAACGAUUCCAACGCCGGUCAGCAGCAACGCGCUACCUCGGUGUCUCUCGCACAAUUACCGCCGAUUUGUUUACCGCCGUUUGACGGUCAAGCGCUUUCUUGUAUCAAUAAUCUUCCUGUGACAGCCGCUAAUUUUGAUAUCGCUUGGCAAGUUCUCGUUUCGCGCUACGAGAAUAAAGGACGGCUCUUGCAACUUCAUUUAUCAGCCUUGCUUAAUUUGCCAACUGUCACGCGUGAAUCCGCCGUCGAGCUUCAAACUCUACGCGAUCGAGUUAAAACCGCGGUCGCAUCGCUUAUCCAUCUGCCGCGCAGUCCGUCGGAUCUGUGGAGCGACAUACUCGUCCAUCUCGUCGUUCAGCGUCUCGAUUCAUCUUCUCGAAAAGCGUGGAGUCUCAAGGUCGCGGAUCACGCCGAGCCUCCGUCGUUUAACGAUCUUGACAGAUUUUUAGCAUCUCGCGCGCGCGCUUUCGACGAAUUAGCUUGCGCCGCAUCAUCUAAAGCGUGUGCUCGGAGUGGUUCAACUUGUCAAAUCAGUGCCGCAACGGUGUCCGCUGUCACGAAUCCACAGUGUCCGAUAUGUAAAUCGCGUCAUUUCUUUAGUGCGUGUCCGUCAUUCGUGCGAGGGACACCGACACAGCGUCGCGAGCUCGUCAAGAAGCACGGUCGUUGCUUUAAUUGCCUGAGUCAUAGUCAUUCAGUGCAGAAUUGCACAAGCAAGUAUUCCUGUCGAUCUUGUCAUCAACGACAUCACUCGCUGCUUCACUCGAGCUCGUCGACCGCUGCCAAAUUCGAAACCGAAAAUUGUACCGGUCAGUCGACUCCAAGCGACGGCUCUCGAGCUGCAGUUCAAUCGCUUCUCGCCUCGCGCAACAAGCGAGCUUCGUCUCAAAUCUUACUUGCCACCGCUCAAGUUAAAGUCAGUGGAGUCGACGGCCGCUCUAGCGAUGUUCGAGCGCUGUUGGACCAAGGCUCCGAGAUGUCGUUCAUCUCGGAGCAUCUUGCUCAAUCGUUGCGACUCAAGCGGAGUCGGCUCACUUCGGUUUCGGCCGUCGGGUGCGUCAGCGCCGGCACCUUUCGCCACGCCGCUUGUAUAUUAGUGUCGCCGCGAAGCUCGCCAUCUCCGACGGUUUCGGCCACCGCGCUCAUUCUUCCUUCGCUAACGUCGUUUUCACCGCGUCACGUCGCGGAGCUCGCGUCAAUCUCCCAUCUGUCUUCGCUCUCGUUAGCCGACCCAGAUCCUACAGGCGACGACCCGAUUCACCUCAUCCUCGGCGCGGACGUUUACGGCGCUAUCAUUCGUGACGGAGUACUUAAGGGCAAUCGUAAUCAACCGGUCGCUCAGAACUCGAUAUUCGGGUGGGUGAUUUCAGGGCCGACACCGACACUUCGCGCCGCUUCAGCGUCUCGUUCUUCGCGUCCCUCCUCGCGGAGCGAGAUAUCUAUUUCGUCGCUACACUGUUUCCUUUCGCCCUCAUUAGAAGAAAGCGUUCAGAGAUUUUGGGAAGUCGAGGAAGUGCCGCGUCUAGCCAUAGCGUCUCCCGAGGACGAGGAGUGCGAAGCGCAUUUUCUUGCAACGCAUUCACGCACCGCGACCGGGCGUUACAUCGUGCGGCUUCCAUUCAAAUCUGAACGUCCUGUCGCACUCGGCGAUUCGCGACGCCUCGCCGAACGACAAUUACACGCGAUCUUUCGGCGCCUUCAGCGUCAACCCGAUCUCCUCGCAGAAUACCGCGCGUUUGUAAAUGAAUACGCUCGAUUAAACCAUUUGCAGCUCGCGCCUGCUACGAGCGAUUCUCAAUCUUGCGUAUAUCUACCGCAUCAUCCGGUCUUCCGAAACUCAAGCCUCACCUCUCGAGUCCGCGUUGUCUUCAACGCUUCGAGUCCAACUUCGACCGGUUCGAGCCUGAACGACCAGCUAAUGACAGGUCCAAAAUUACAAGCAGAUCUCACCGCGGUGUUACUGCGUUGGCGACAGUUUCGAUGCGUUUGCUCGGCCGAUAUCGCGAAAAUGUAUCGCCAAAUUCUUCUUAAUUCUCACGAUCUCGACUUCCAAAGAAUGCUUUGGAAGGAAACAAUUGAUGGUUCCGUCGUCGCGUAUCGUUUGCUGACAGUCACCUACGGUUUGGCCUGCGCUCCUUUUCUAGCCUUGCGCGUCCUUCGCCAACUCGCGCUCGACGAAGGCGAAUCAUAUCCUCGCGCCGCGUCUAUCAUUCGCGAUCACAUCUACGUCGACGACGUCUUAUUCGGGCAUGACCACGAGAAGGAGCUUCGCACGAUUCGCGAUCAGUUGACUCUCCUCUUGAGGCGCGGAGGCCGAACGUUGUCGGAAUCCGACGUUGUAAACGUGCUCGGGCUGGAGUGGAGUCCUAAACCGGACGCCUUUCAAAUUCGCGUUUCUCUUCUCCCUGCUUCUCAGGAAACGAAACGCGAAAUUCUCGCUGCUAUCGCCAAAUUAUACGAUCCGCUCGGUUUGCUCACGCCGGUCAUACUCGCGGCGAAACUCGUUAUGCAACAGUUUCUACCUUGGUGGACAGGUUAUUCUGAUCACGGCGUUGCGGAAUUGCACGGUUUCGCGGACGCGUCGAACGGAGCGUACGCCGCCGUCGUCUACCUUCGUUUCAUCGACGCAGCAGGCUCCGUGACCGUCACCCUGCUUCAAGGAAAAUCAAAGGUAGCGCCGCUCAAGCCCGUCACUAUACCACGAUUGGAGUUAAUGGCCGCGGUUCUUCUGUCUCAUUUGAUCGAUAGCAUUCGUUCGUUUAUCCGAAUCGAGAGCAUAGCAUGCACAUGUUGGUCCGAUUCCACCGUCGUUCUUUCGUGGCUUCGCCAUCACCCGUCGCGAUGGAAAACGUUCAUCGCGAAUCGCGUAUCCGAUAUCCAAGGUCGAUUGCGCGGAGUCGAAUGGCGACACGUUAUCACGUCCGACAACCCCGCCGACUGUGCCUCACGUGGGUUGCUCGGGAGCGAACUCGUAUCUCAUCAACUGUGGUGGCGUGGGCCGCCCUGGCUGAGCUUGUCUCGCGACCAGUGGCCAAGUUAG